CCGGCAGUGCACUUGUUGGAGUGCCGAGGCUGGCAAAUGCAGAUACGAUGUCAACGUCAAAUCUGUUGAAGCGAGCAACUGAGCUCUGGCGCCUUUGGUUGCGUCUACAUCAUCAGUCUACCGGCCCCCCUGAGAUUAGACAAUAUGGCAGUCACACUCGAAGCGGAGCGGCCCAGCCAGCUCGGUCAAGUGCCGAUUCAAACGGAGAUUACGACCACGGAAAAGAACACCUCCUUUUCAUGGGACGUGCCCCUUCCACUGCACGCCUGGCCCUCUUCGGAAACCAGGAUCGUCGACAUCCGUUCGUCUGAUGCGUGCCCGUUGGACAAUCUCGAUGCCAGCAUUAUUGACGGUCUGACUCGCCCGCGCGGACACAAAGUUCUACCGUCACUGCUCGUGUGGGACCAAAAGGGGCAGACCCUCUACAGUGACGUCCUGGCGGCUGACGAGUACUACCCCUACCGAGUCGAGCAUGAGCUGCUACAAGAGAGGGUCGAUGAAAUGGCCAGCACCAUUGCUUUGUGCCGGACCGACCUGUUGGUUGAGCUCGGGGCAGGCAACAUGUCCAAGACCGCCCAGCUUCUCUCCCAUCUCGACAAAUACCUACGCGCCCCAGUCAUGUAUUACGCCCUCGACGUCGACCAGGCCCAGCUAGAGAGGUCGUUGGUUCAGCUGAACGCGCGGACCAAGCUUCGGUGGAUCACACCGUGCGGUCUGUUGGGGACCUACGACGACGGCGCCAAAUGGCUUGCCCGGCCCGAGAUGGCCGCCUUCCGCCGGACGCUGGUCUGGAUGGGGAGCAGCAUCGCCAACUGCGAGCAGCACGAGGCCAGCCAGCUGCUCGAGUCAUUCUCCCAAGACCCGGACACCGGAACGCGCCAAAAUUUGGCGGGCUUCUUGCUGCUAGUCGACGGAUGCCAGGAUGCCGGCCGCAUCAACCUUGCCUACGACAUCCCGAGCGGCGAGACUCGCCGGUGGAUGUUGCACGCCCUCGAGUCCGCACGGCACCAACUCCACGGCAAAGGAGACGACGACGACGCCGAGAUUGACCGCCUCCUAGCUGACGAAAACUGGCGCUUCGAGGGCCGAUGGCAUCCGGAGCAACAGCGCUACGAGAAUUACCUCGUCCCGACCCGGGACUUGAUCGGCGUCAUCCAGGGCCAGCAGAUUUGCCUUGAACAGGGCGAACGUAUCAGACUCCUGGGGAGCGGCAAGUGGGCUGAGAACACCGUUGCCAGUGUGGUUUCCAAGCCGGGACUCGAGGUGAGGAAGGCUUGGCACCACGUCGAAUUCAACUACGGCGCAUACUGGCUUCAGCCAACAAUCAGGCGGCACGACAGUGGCGUUGACAUGAUGAUGUCUGAGGCACCGCUCAAGGGGUGACGCGUUGAGCGCAGGUCCUGACCUGUGGCGGGUUGAAAUCCUCGGAAUCUUCCGAGAGGCUGCUGGAACCUGACGCAUAACCAUAACCGGGAAGGC